AUGGAGCUGACGCCAAGACGCCACGAGCUUCUGAGCACGUAUCUGCUGGGCAUCGGAACGCUCUUUCUCUACAUCGGUACCUCUCGUUUUUUGGCUAUCCUGACUUUCUCACUUUCAGGCUACUCGGCACAGGCGUUCAUCUCCGAGUCGGUAAUCCACAUGGUGCACGAAAAAAGUCCUGAAGUCAUCUCGCAGUACGCGGGAUACUAUGGGUGAGGCAUUGAUUUGAUUCUCUGUCGUAUGCGUAUAACUGUAAACCUUCUAAACUUAUCCUUGUCAGAAUCAAGUUUUGUGAAAAAGGAACCUUUUUUACCCUACUAGAUAUUUUUUUAAAGGUUUUUUGAUAUUGAACUAUCCAUAAUUUUUUCGUGAAGGUUUUUCCCUCUCAGACUUAAGGCUCCUUACUUUGAGAAGCUCAUGACCAAGUCUGAUUUCGCUAUAGGGUCUACGAGAGUUUACAAUGAAUGAAUUUUUCCUUCCUUACUUUUAGACAUUUAUAGUUGAUACGCAAAUGCUGUAGAGAAAAGGGAUUUUGUUUCUGUUUUGAACAGCAGCUUCACAGGACGGCUUUUCACUACGUGGCCUUCGCACUGUCGAGUCUGGUGACGCCGUCGCUGCAGCACUACGUGCAGUCCAAGUGGAUUCUGACGAUAGCCAGCGCUCUUUUCGCCGUCUAUUACUUGGGUUUCCUUCACCUCAACGCCUACUAUUUCUACGCAACUCAGGCGUUGAUGGGUCUCGCAUAUUCACGUUUGUUUCCUGAUCUUCGUUCUGUCCGAUUAUCUUCCCUCUCAGUUUUCAACAACGGAGAAGGCGCUUAUCUUUCGGAGCACUCUUCGAGAAGAACUCUGGAGUCGAACACGGGAAUCGAAACGGCCGUCGGACAUUUCAGGUUUUCAGAAGUUUAUUAUUCCUGGCUUAGGUUAAAAUUCACAAAGGCAGUAACUUUUUUCGUAUUAUGGUAAUGUCAAAAAAGUGGGUUUUUAAAAUUUUUCAAGUGUCCUAUCAACUUUUUGUAUCAUUAACCAACGCAUUUUUUUUAGCAUGUUCUUCGGCGGAAUCGCUCUGGUAGUGCUGUUCUCGGUGCUGCCGGCGGACGUUUCCACUUCGGCGACUUCCGCAGCAGUUUCCUUCUCGCAACUGCAGGUCCAGUGCAUCUACGGCACCAUGUUCGUUCUGAACGUCGUCUCCGUCUUGAUCUUCUGCUUCCUCCCCACCAAGCAGUACGACUCGAUCGCUUCCAAAUCUUCGGCACCUAUCCCAUCGUUUUCCAGUCAACUGAGUUUGACUCUCUUUGUAGCUUAAAAAAUCUUAGUUUCUUUCAGAACAAAUGUUUGUCGCUUUCAAAGCUCCCAAUAUGGUCUUACUUCUUCCUUUCUUUCUCUUCCAAGGUGAACUUGUUUCUUUCCUAUCCGCAAUAACUUUUUAAAGGUUUGUCGGUGUCGUUUCUGAUGUCCGUCUAUCCCACUACACUCACUUUCACAUCAACCUUCAGUUCGGACGUGUUCAUCAUUGGAAUUUAUUCGAUAUCCAUGGGUGUCGCAGAAGCUAUCGGUGGGUUCUCAAGACUACUGGACAAAGGAACACAUCGAACAACCCAUAAAACAAAAGCGUUGUCAAGAAUUGAUGGAUUACCGCCUUUCAAUGUCUGUCGGCUUUUUUUUUUUCUUCGUCUGUUCUUUGUGUUAUCACAAACGACGGGUAGAUUGAUUGUUUUAUGAUUGAUCGGGAUUGCAUGACAUCAAAAAAAAAAGAUUCGCGAGAAAAUCUUGCAGAGAAUGAAACAGAGUGCAAGAAGAUCAUUUUUGUUAGCAUUACUUCGAAAUUUUCUAAAAUUUACUCUCGUGUUUGGAUAAAGAUCUGUCAUUCUUCCACUUGCCCAAGUUUUUGAUUCUUAGGAUCUACAGUGCUCAACCUGUAACGAUAAACUUUGAGAAAUAACCCAUUCAAAAAAAAUAGCUGUGCAGGUAUUUGCCUUGGGGAUCUUGGUUUAGACUUUCCGAGAGAGUUUUAUCAUAUUUGUAGCAAAUUUCAAACUCUAGCGGAAUUAAAGAUCCUUGUAAGGUAUGGAAGCUGUAAUAACUAGCAGUUCAUAUGAUGCCGGUUUUUUUAACGGCUGAGUCUUUAUUUGAGUCUUUUUCCACUGUAAAAGUUCCGGAAUUCGGAUUAUCCCACUGAGAAAGUUUGAAAAAGGGACGAAUUUCAUACAGAAAUUAACCAUUCAGGAGGACUGUUUCUGCGUCCCUUGAUCAAAAAGGCCAAACAGCACGGCCUUCUGAUGACGAUCAGUGUCAACUUCCUCCUUUAUGCCGUGAUUUUGACCCUCGCCUGUCUGUCGGUACCAGACGGAGCGACUCUUGGUCCGGCAACCCAGCAGUUUGAAAUUCUCACUUCAAGGUCCAAAUCCUUCAGAACUAAUAUCGAAAACUAUAGACAUUUAGUCGCUACUUGGUCUUUAUCAUCGGCUUCCUGAUUGGGCUUUCGGACUUUUGCGUUACCAUGUCUAGGGCGGUUAUCUGCCAAGUCGCAGUUCCCGAAUGUCGCAUGCAGGUCUUCUCCCUCAGCAAACUCUACCAGGUUCUAGUCAUUUUUAAAGUACUGUUGACAUUUCCCAACCAAAAUGUUUUUUUUCAGAGUGCGGCUUCGGUUGCGGCUUUGCUUCUGACACCGUACAUGCGUCUAAGGCUGUGGGCGAGUGUCUUGGCUUGUUUCCUGCUCGUCGGAACCCUUGGCUUCGUAAUUGUUGCCAGACGGACGGCUCCUGCCAAGGCAUUUGCUGAAAAGUCGAGCUCGAGCGGUCAACUGGCCAACAAGAUUUGA